AUGGGAGGUUUAUACCUGUUAGACUAUGGAGCAGGCAAUGUUAGAAGUUUAGUAAACGCCGUCAAUCAAUUGGGUUACGAGAUGAAUUGGGUGAAUGAGCCUUCCGACAUUUUAAAGGCUGACAAAUUAAUUUUCCCGGGAGUUGGCGCGUUCGGAAGUGCAAUAGAAGCAUUAAACACAAAACAUUACGCUGAUCCUCUUCGAGAAUAUAUACGCUCCGGUAAACCCUUUAUGGGCAUCUGUGUAGGGUUGCAGUCGUUAUUUGAGGGAUCGGAAGAGUCGCCCGACGUAUCUGGUCUAGGCAUCAUACCGGGUGUUGUAAGACGAUUUGAUACAAUGGAUAAAGCGGUUCCGCAUAUGGGAUGGAAUGAGGUUUUUUUAUUGAAAAAUAGUUUACAAUCUAAGAAUGAGGAGAAUUUGGACAAAAAUGACGAUGUUUUACACUACGGGAUCAAACAAAGAACAGCGUAUUAUUUCGUGCACUCUUAUGCUGUUCCAUAUAAUAGUCAAUUAAAGGAAUGGACUCUUGCAAUUACACAAUAUGGUACUGAGAAAUUUGUCAGUGUCGUGCAAAAAGAUAACAUAUUUUGCACCCAGUUUCAUCCAGAGAAAAGUGGAUACUCGGGACUUCGUAUUUUGAGGGCGUUUUUAGAGACAAAUGGCGCAGCAGUCCAGCUUACACAAAAAACUAUAAAUAUCAUUCGAAGUCUGGAUGAUGUUACAAAUAAUAAAAAAGAUCGAUUUAGAAAAAGGGUAAUCGCAUGUCUCGAUGUACGGACCAAUGAUGAAGGGGAUUUAGUAGUUACAAAGGGUGACCAAUAUGACGUUAGGGAUCGUACUACUACUGCCAAUGAUAACAACCACAUCAAUAAUAAUAAUGGUUUGUCUAAUAUAGUAAACGUGGCAGGUCAAGUAAGAAACCUUGGAAAGCCUGUUGAUUUGGCUAAAAGAUAUUUCGACGAAGGUGCCGAUGAAAUCACGUUUCUUAAUAUCACCAGUUUCCGUAAUUCUCCAUUGACCGAUUUACCAAUGCUAGAAAUAUUGCGUCGUACAUCAGAGACAGUAUUUGUCCCAUUAACAAUCGGUGGUGGAAUUCGUGAUAUAAUCGAUCCGGACGGAAAAUUCCACUCAGCUCUUGAAGUUGCCGGUGAAUAUUUUCGUUCGGGUGCCGAUAAAGUCUCGAUAGGUAGUGAUGCGGUAUAUGCAACAGAGAAAUACUUAAAAAACGGUAAAAAGUGCAAUGGAGACACGGCUAUUGAAACUAUCGCGCAUGCGUAUGGAUCGCAAGCAGUUGUGAUUUCAGUUGAUCCAAAAAGAGUAUAUGUCAAAUCUCCUACGGAUACUAAUCACCAUUGUCUUGAAACCUCGAUACCUGGUCCAAACGGCGAGAGCUAUUGUUGGUAUCAAUGUACAGUGAAGGGAGGUAGAGAAGCACAUGAUAUCGACGUGUAUCAAUUAGUUAACGCGUGUGAAGCUAUGGGUGCUGGUGAAAUUUUGUUGAAUUGUAUAAAUCGGGAUGGUACAAGUUCCGGAUUCGAUAUUGAACUAAUUCGUGAUGUGAAAAAGUCGGUACGGAUUCCUGUUAUCGCUUCUAGUGGAGCGGGAAAUGAGGAGCAUUUUGUUGAGGUUUUUCGUGAGACGGGAGUUGAAGCUGCUUUGGCUGCUGGUAUUUUUCAUCGACGUGAAGUACCUAUUGAAAGUGUAAAAAGAGUUUUGAAAGGAAGGGGUGUACUGAUAAGGGACAGUGAUACAGUCCUGUAA